AUGGCGGAUGAAGAGUUCCUGGAACUGAACACAGAACUGACGUUGCUUUGCUCAUGGUUCUGCCCUUUCGCGCAGCGCACAUGGAUUGCUCUGUUGGAGAAGGGGCUGCCGUUUGCCUACAAGGAGGUCAGCCUGAGGAACCCAGACACUGGUCUCUGGUACCCUCUAACUGAGAAGCCCAAGUGGUUCACUGCCCUCAAUCCCCUGGGCAAGGUGCCAGUCUUGGCAUACAAGGAUGAGAAGACCCAGCAGCCGCACAGCGUCUAUGAGUCCCUCAUCUGCAACGAGUUCUUAGAGGAUUAUGCGCCGGCGCCCGGGCAUCCUCCGCUGCUGCCGCCGCAUCCGGCGCUGCGGGCCAAGGCGCGUAUCGUGAUGGACCACUUCAACACUCGCUUCGUGCCGCUCUUCUACCGCAUCCUCAUCAGGCAGGACGUGGGCCAGCAGGCUGAGGUGGCGGAGCAGUUGCAGGCAGAGUGUGACUGGUUGGAGGACAAUGCCGACCAGGCUGGACCCUUCUUCAUGGGCACAGAGUUCUCCCUCGUGGAUUGUGCGAUGAUCCCCUGGUUUGUGCGCGGAUACAUUCUCAAGCACUUCAGGCAGCUGGAACUGCCGCCUCAACGCUGCACAAAGCUGCAGCGGUGGGUGAAGGCUGCACUGGAGCGCCCGUCAGUGAAGGGGACGUUCCAGGCUCCAGAGGAGGGCACUAGCUACGAGGACAAGCUUCUGGAACACUAUGUGAGAUAUGCUGACGGCAGCGCCAAUUCCACCAGUGCAGCAGCCUUCAAGUGA